CUCAGAAACAAGCUCACUAUACCCACGUGGCUAGCUGUACAAUUUCUUCUUGCAAGCUUGAGCUAGGAUCCAUCAUGAGGUUGACGGUAGACGGUCUGCCUGUCAUCUUCCCUUAUGACUACAUUUAUCCCGAGCAGUACUCGUAUAUGCUGGAGCUCAAGCGCACACUGGAUGCAAAGGGCCACUGUGUUCUUGAGAUGCCCUCUGGUACUGGCAAGACAGUCUCACUACUUGCACUCAUCGUGGCGUAUCUCACUGUGAAUAAGACAGAGCUGCAGAAACUCAUCUACUGCUCUCGAACAGUUCAGGAGAUAAACAAGGUGAUGGAGGAGCUCAAGCGAUUGUUGGCGUACUAUAAGAGAGAGUUAGGGGAGACACCAGAGUUACUGGGACUAGCACUCAGUGCUCGCAAGAAUCUCUGCAUUCAUCCAGAGGUGAGUAAAGGAGAGGAUGGUAAGACUGUAGACAGUGCGUGUCAUCGAUUAACAGCCUCCUUCGUGAGGAAAGCUGCUCUGAAGGACAAGACUACUCCACUUUGUCUGUUCUAUGAGAGUUUUGAUGAGAAAGGGCGCAAGGCAAGCAUACCUCCUGGAGUAUACGACCUGGGGGACAUGCAAGAGUUGGGCAAGAGCAAGGGAUGGUGUCCAUACUUCAUGGCUAGAUAUGCAAUAACUCAUGCCAACAUUGUGGUAUUCAAUUAUUCGUAUAUGCUAGACCCAAAGAUCUCUGAACUCAUCUCUAAAGAUUUCCCCAAGAAGUCAGUGGUGGUUUUUGACGAGGCCCAUAAUAUAGACAAUGUGUGCAUUGAGUCCAUGAGUGUGAAUAUCAGUCAUCGUACACUGGAGCGCUGUGGAGGCAAUCUAGACACUCUAGGACAGCGGAUACGAGAGGUGGGUGAGGAGCAGCUGAGGGAGGAGUAUCGACGGCUAGUGGAGCAUCUACAGCAGUCUAGAGCUAACAGGGAGACAGACUCUCAAAUGGCCAGUGCUGUUCUUCCUGACGAGGUAUUACAAGAGGCUAUGCCUGGCAGCAUACGCAAAGCAGAGCACUUUGUCAGCUUCCUGAGACGCUUUAUGGAGUACCUAAAGAGUCGACUAAGAGUCACUCAUGUAGUGUCCGAGUCUCCGCUCUUCUUCCUACAACACAUACAACAAACUGUCUGCAUAGAGAGGAAGCCAUUAAGGUUCUGCUCUGAGAGACUCCACUCUCUCCUCAACUCACUUGAGCUGGCUGACAUUGGGGCCUUCUCAGCACUCACACUACUAGCUAACUUUGCCACCCUUGUCUCCACAUACACCAAAGGUUUCAGCCUCAUCAUAGAGACGCAGGACUCACGCAGUCCAACCAUUGUGAACCCUGUACUCCACUUCUCAUGUAUGGAUGCCACUCUUGCAGUCAAGCCUGUGUUUGACAGGUUCCAGACUGUUGUGCUCACCUCAGGGACUCUCUCCCCUCUGGACAUGUAUCCUAAGCUGCUUGACUUCAGAGCUGUGACAGUGGCUCAUUUCUCCAUCACCCUGGCCAAGCCUUGCGUCUGUCCUAUGGUUGUGAGCCGAGGGAACGAUCAGGUGACCAUCACAUCACGCUAUGAGUCACGCGGAGACUCGGCAGUAGUGCGUAACUAUGGCAACCUGUUAGCAGAGAUGUCUGGAAUUGUCCCUGACGGCAUAGCGUGUUUCUUUCCAAGCUACGAGUACAUGGAAACAGUAGUGGCGUCCUGGGUAGACCAACAGAUCAUGGAUCGUGUUCAGAGAAACAAACUAGUAUUCAUAGAAACAAGAGAUGGUGGGGAAAUAUCACUAGCCCUCCGAAACUACUUCCAAGCAUGUGACAACGGUAGGGGGGCGGUGUUACUGGCCAUUGCAAGAGGGAAGGUAUCAGAAGGAGUAGAUUUUGUGGACCAUUAUGGCCGUGCUGUGAUUAUGGUGGGUAUUCCAUAUGUCUACACACAGAGUAGGAUACUCAAGGCCCGACUAGAAUACUUAAGAGACACAUUUCAGAUUAAAGAGAGUGACUUUCUCACUUUUGAUGCCAUGAGACAUGCAGCACAGUGUGUGGGUAGAGUGCUGAGGGGCAAGACCGACUAUGGUAUUAUGCUCCUGGCUGAUAAGAGGUACGGCCGCCAUGACAAGCGCAGUAAGCUGCCACUAUGGAUACAGGAGCACUUGACUGACUCAGUAUGCAGUCUCUCCACUGAGGAGGCUAUCCAGAUAUGUAAGAGGUUCCUACGAGAGAUGGCCCAACCUUCUAGACAGGAAGAUCAGAUUGGACUAUCACUGCUAACACUGGAUCAAGUGAUGGCCAGAGAAAGAACAUUAAAACUUGAACAGCAACAUUCCAUAGCAAGCUAGUGUACUGUAGUUUGUGAGAACAGUUGUGUAUGUGGUUUGUUGGUGGGCGGGGCUGGUAUGUUAUCAUCCUUUGA